AUGCAUCUCUCUUUGCUCAGCCUGAGUGUGUUGGUAUCCUACGUCCUCGCCUCACCUACGGGAAACUAUGUCAUCCAUGAGAAGCGUGAUGCUGCUCCCAUGGGUUGGAGUAAGGGCGAGCGUCUCGAUCGUCGUGUUUUGAUCCCCAUGAAGAUUGCAUUGACGCAACGCAACCUCGAUCAGGGCGCAGAAUACCUGCAUGAAGUCAGCCAUCCCGAGUCUUCCAAGUAUGGCCAGCACUGGACUGCACAACAAGUGGCAGAUCACUUCGCACCUAGUGACGAGACUGUCUCUUCUGUCAUGGACUGGCUUGUCGCUUCUGGAAUCUCUUCCGAUAGUGUCAAGUUGAGUCAGGGUAAAGGCUGGAUCAACCUCGAAGCCUCGAUCGACCAAGCAGAGUCCUUAUUUAACACCAAGUACCAUGUUUACGAGCACGAUACUACUGGUCAUCCUCAUAUCGGUUGUGACGAGUACAGUCUUCCCAAGCAUCUCAAGGACCACAUCGACUUUGUCACUCCUUCCCUGCACUUCGAUACCAGAGUCACAGAGCGAUCUAACAAGGUUGAGAAGCGUGAUGUAACCNCCAAUACUGGCAAGGAGAUUGGUCAACCUGGCAGUUGGAGCACGCCCCAUCUGGGCAAGUACAUCAACAAGUCGCAGUUCAUCAAGGAGCUCGAACAGUGUGAUGAGCAGAUUACCNCCAACUGUCUCAAGGCUCUUUACAGUAUUGGCAAGAGCACCGGCAAAAGCGUCAAGAACAGUUAUGGAAUCGUCGAAUACACUCCACAGGCCUACGUUCCAUCUGAUCUUGAUCUCUUCUUUGCCAACUUUUCGGAGAAGCAAGUCGGAGACAGACCCAUCACCGAUUUGAUCGAUGGUGCCGUUGUUCAACAGACUAACAUGAGCUUCAACUUCAAUGGCGAGAGUAACCUUGAUUUGGAGUACGCCAUGACUCUGGUCUACCCGGAGAAGGUCACUCUAUACCAAGUUGNNGUUGAGGGUGCAUCAUUCAACAACUUCCUUGACGCCAUCGAUGCCUCUUAUUGCACAUAUGAAGGUGGUGAUGAUCCCACGCAAGAUGCCAUCUACCCCGAUACAGCUGCAGGCGGUUACAAAGGCAAAGAGAACUGCGGAACGUUCGCACCUGCUAAGGUCAUCAGCACGUCUUAUGGCUACAACGAGGCUGAUCUCACUCCGUUCUACGAGAAGCGUCAAUGCGAUGAGUACAUGAAGCUUGGUCUCAUGGGUACCUCGGUCCUCUACAGUUCGGGUGAUUACGGUGUUGCUGGCAAUGGCGGCCAGUGCUUGAACGCUAACGGCACCUACAACUCUGGCAAGAACGGUCGUUUCAACCCCUCGUUCCCUGCUACCUGCCCUUACGUGACAGCUGUCGGUGCCACUCAGGUUAUUCCGGGUACCAACAUCAUCACCGCUCUCGCCAGCGGCACCCNNCAACCCGAGGAAGCCUGCGAGACUGUCAUCUACUCUGGUGGUGGUUUCAGCAAUGUCUUCGACCUCCCCAGCUACCAGUCUUCGGCCGUCAAGUCGUGGUUCAAGAACUUCCCUCCACCAUACGGUGCUGACCGCUUCAACAACACUCAAAAGACUCGCGGCUUCCCCGAUGUCAGUGCAAACGGCGCCAACUAUGUCGUUGCUAUCGAUGGCACUUUUGCUCUGGUCUACGGAACCUCUGCAUCUUCACCCACCUUUGGCUCUGUCCUCACAAUCAUCAAUGAGAGACGUCUCCAGGCUGGCAAGAGCAGUAUUGGUUUCAUCAACCCCGCUCUCUAUGCUCAUCCCGAAGUGUUGAACGAUGUCACGCAGGGAGGCAACCAGGGCUGUGGUACUGCUGGUUUCACCGCUAGCAAGGGCUGGGAUCCAGUCACUGGUCUCGGCACACCAUCGUUCCCCAAGAUGCUGGCUCUGUUCUUGAGCUUGCCUUGA